AUGGCGACUCCCACAGCCCCCGAAAUACCAGCAUUUCACGUCCAGCCCAUUCUGUCGGAGCUGUAUCACAGCCGAGACCUUCUCGACCUGUCCGCUCCAGCCGCAGCAGCCUCACCAGUCCUCGGCUCGGCAGGUCAGGUCGGGGCUGCUCCUUCACCAGAACGGAUCACAGCAGGAAGAGAAGAAUCGGGCAAGAUCGAAGUGAGGUGUGUGGAGGGGUAUGGUGCCAAUAUGUACAUUGGAAGGUCGGACGGGGUGGUAGAGUGGUGGGUCUGCGAUGGAGGGCAGGGAACGAGUAAGGGAGAAGGUUGGUCUAUGCGGCAUAAACAUACACUCUUUCCCCGGCGGCCAGUCAGCAAGAUUAUCCUCAUACCCAAAGCAGCCAAGAUGCUCGUUCUGUCCGACGGGACAAUGCACGCUCUGACCCUCCCUGGUCUUGAUCCAGUCCCGUCGACGCAGAUACCGCCAUUACGAGGCAUCAUCUCGGUCAUACUUGACGAUGAGGAGAUGGACUGGGCUGGCCCCGGGUCGGAGGACCGGAAUGUUGAAGUAACGGUCGUGCUCGUUCGGAGACGUGGGCUGGGGAUAUACAGGCUGGGAACUAGGAUGCAGGCAGUCAAGGAAAUACCACUACCGUCCGGCCCCACCUCACAUGCCUUAUCCCGGACAUACCUCUGCGCCGCCAUCCCCACCAGCAACCUAUACUCGCUCAUCGACUUGUCCGAUGCCUCUCUUACGGAAGUCCUCCCGGUCAGUCAGAUUGAUGCGGACACGCUUGACUUUGACCCAAAUCCCAACGUGGUGGUGAUACCUGGGGAGGAUGAGUUCUUGGUCACGAGCUUUACCGGCGCGGGAACUAUGGGGGUGUUCCUCAAUGGACAGGGGGAUCCAGUGAGGGGGACGAUGGAGUGGGAGCAUCAUCCAUUAUCGAUCACUGUUGAAGCCGGAUACAUAAUAGCCUUACUCCGCAACAAGACCAUCACCGUCCAUAUCCUGACCGACCUCGAACGAGCCCCGCAAGUCAUCCAUCUCGACCCCUCCCUCCAACCCUUCGCUCUCAGCUACUCACCGUACGGCGUCUCUGUCAAAGACAUAGCCAGAGACGAGCGAAUGCAGACCACCAAUUUCCGCUUGCUUGGAGGGAAACUCGCCCCUCCCGGCCCGCCCAUCGCCGCUAUGGCCGUUAGCGUAAGCGCUAGUGCCGAGAAUGAAUCGACUCUCCGUCCGCCCACUGCGGAACCAGCCGACCAAGCGACCUCAGCGGAGCCAAUGGAUAUAUUCACGCCGCCCCAUCAGACCGCGACCGCGACAGGUAUGGUCCUGGAAGAGCCAGAAGGCGGCUCGGGUCUUACUCCUCCUUCGUCUCCACCGAUGUUUCAGCGACAGCCUAUCACCCCGGUCCGCCAAUCGUCAUUGCUCCAGGUGAUAGCACCCGCCUCGAAGGGACCGUUCUCGACGUGCGUGGCCGAGACGCUUGUUAUCGGGCCCAAUGGGGUGAUGUCGCUCGCGCCAUUACCGCCUGUCUUGAAGCUGGAGGAGCUAUGCAGGAGGGGAUCGACCGACGAGGCUAUCGCGCUGGUGGAUGAGGAGCGGCGAAGAGGGCGAAGGGGAGAAGUGGAUAGCGACAAGGUCAGUUUCCUGGCUACGCAUCAAGCUACUCUCCGCCUACUGCAUCUGUAUCUCGCCUGUCAUCUCUUCCAAUCUGGGAUGUUUGAGCGCGCAGGCGACUAUCUCGUCCGAGGCAAGAUCGACGCUCGGCUCAUCGUUCGGCUGUUUCCUGCACUGCGGGGGAAGAUGAUCGGUUCAGAAGAGGAGGUGGAUAUAUUUCAGGGGCUGAAGUUGAUGUUGGAGGACAUGGAUGACGUGGAGGAUAUAGUGGCGUGCGUAGCUAAGGCUGGUCAGUCGGACGCCGGUGAAGUGGACCAGGCCUCCGGGGAAGAGCUGCGAGGACCGUUAUUGGAAGGCGCGAAGGCGAUGCUUACUGAGUUCUUGAGGAAAACUCGGCAGUCCCGGCGGAAAGGCGGCGGAUCGAGGGGUAUGGAUUCGCGAAAACUGGACAUGGUCAUUGAUACAACUCUUGCCAAGCUCCUGUCAGAAGCUGGAAUUGUCCCCGAGCUCCUCGCCCUCCUGGCUGCGCCAAACGACUGCGUCGUCUCGGAGCUUGAGCCUUUCCUCGUUUCGCGGCCGUAUAUCCUCGCUACGGUCAUGCGGCGGCAUGGACGGCACGCUAGAGUCCUCGAACUACUUCAACAGGUUGCCGAAGACAGCCCGGACCCGCUCUGCCCCGAUCCAGCCGAAGAGAUCGCUGUCGAGCUCGAACAUGUCAAAGAUCCGGCUCUGUUGCGACAGUACGCUCUCUGGCUGGUCGCUCGGAAUCCAGAUAGGGGAUUAAGCAUCCUGUUUGCGCAGAACACUAAAUCCGGCGUCAAGCUGGACGAUACCGCACUCGUCAAUGACUUGCGGGAGAUCAGUGAGGAGGCGGCGAAUCGGUAUCUCGAGUAUGUGGUCUUAUCGAAAAAGUCGCCAAAUCGGGCGUUUCAUGAGGAUUUGCUGCGUCGUUUGCUCAAUGCGGCAGCUGAGCAGAUUGAGGAUGAUGGGGUCAAGUAUCACUUGGAGGAGCUGGACGCCGAAUAUCGCCUCUUACCUGAUCCUGAACCGUUCUGCACCUUCAUCGCCGAUGUCGCGCCUAAUACGCCCGUCAAAUCCCUCCGGCUCAAGCUCAUGCUCUUCCUCCAAGGAUCGCCCUUUUACGAUCUCCAGAGUGCGGCGGAUAGGCUCAAAGAGUUGUCGGCGUUAAAGUACGAGUACGCUAUCGUGCUCGGAAGGCUCGGAAGCAAUAAAUCCGCCCUUCGACUUCUAGCCCGAGAUGUUGGCGAUUCUGUCUCUGCUCAGACAUUCUGCACGCAAGGCGGCGAGAUCAUCCCGCCCAAGAUCGCCAGGAGGGUGGCGCAGCAAGUCCCAGAGCUGGCGGCGUGGGCGGCGAUCGGUGAAGUGGGACGAAAGAGGCGGGGAACUGUAGAUGCCAAGACGCAGGAGGGGCUAGUGAUGGAGCUGCUCGGGGUCUAUAUGAAGGACGGCGCGAAAACAAGCAAAGAAGCCGCUUCCCUCCUGAACGCCCAAUCCCUCCAUCUGGACCCUAUCGAAAUCACCACAAUGCUCCCGCCCGAAUGGCCCCUCGACGUCGUCUCGUCCUUCGUCCAGCGCGCACUCCGGCGACAAUUGCAUGACCAACAUACAUGGCAGAUUCUCAAAGCCAUCUCGGCGGGUGAGAAUAUGGCCAUAUCGGAGGAAUACCUGGAUGCGAUCCGGCGGAUCCCGCCUGUGGUUCAGCCCCGCCCGCCUUCGCCCCCUCCGUCAGUGGUCUCGCCCAACGCGGCUCCGUCAGUGGAUACGAGGGCCGACUCGACGAUGGGAUCCGGGUACAGUGAGAAGGGCGAAUUGGAAGCCGGGGUGUACAGCCGCCCGGAUGAGGGCAGUAUUGCAGAGAAGGAGGGAGGCGGGGGUGCGCAUGCGGGAGACCCGUUAGGUGCGAUAGAUGUGGGGGAGAAGGAAAGGGGGUUCUUUAGUCCUGAGAUUGUGGACAAGGAGCUGAGGAGCCUGAGUGCUGGGGCGAAAAGGGAGGAAGCGGGAAGUAGGGAGGGGUAUCUAUAA